GGGUCCACCCCCGACGACGCCACCGGGAUGCCUCGCGGACUGGCCUUGUUCUUGGUGGCGGCAGCGACGUGGGCCGUGGCCUCCCCUGCUGACGGAUGCAACAAGGCUCUCUGUGCCAGUGACGUCAGUAAGUGCCUGUUGCAGGAAGUGUGCCAGUGCGAGGCGAACCACGCUGGCUGCCCGUGCUGUCAGGAGUGUGCCUUUUGCCUGGGGAACUUGUGGGAAUCCUGCUGCGAAUGUGUGGGGCUCUGUGACGAACGCCCGGCGUCAGCCCCUCGCUCGGCCCAGAGAAGCUCCAUGCACAACCUGGUGUCCCCCGUCCCCUCCCUCUUUCGGGCCCUCAUGGCGAUCUCUGACAACGACCCCCCUGUGGGCUGGAGCAUCCUGACCCUGCCGGUGGAAGAGGAACUGCGGCAGAACCACGCAGACACAAGCCACCUAUUGCUAGGGCCACACACAGGCCUGGCCUCCCCGGAUACCGAGGGCCUCAAUGCGACGGCACCCCCCUGCCAGGCGAUCUUCUUCAACGAGUGCCUCUCCAUGAGCCGAUGUCGCGCGGCCUGCCAGUCGGUCGGGGCCUGGCGCUACCGCUGGUUCCACAACGCCUGCUGCCAGUGCUUGGGACCCGACUGCCGGGGCUACGGGGGAGCGCAAGCACAGUGCUCCAACUGCCGGGAAUGAGCUCUGGAUCCCUCUCCCCACCACGCGCCCCCUGCCCGUGCGCACCGUUUCCCAUUUGUCUCUUCUCUCUGUGCUCCCUUCCUUUUAAACUGAAAUGGCCUUCGUUGAUCCCUUUGGUCCCAGAUCACAGAUCCAGAGGAGUGAGCUGUGUUAGUCUGUUGCUGCAAAAUAGUAAAAAGCCCAGU